AUGUUACGAAUAUGUUCUAUACGCUUAAUAUUUUACAGGGUAUAUAUUGGACAACAAGUGGCGUGUUUCGGAAUCCUGUUCAAAGCAAGAUAUCAUAAAAGCAGAGCCUGUAUAGUCUCGCAUCGCAAUGACCAGCUGUUCAUUGCCGCUGGUGCUAAGAAGCGGGCGUUUAAAUGGUUCAAUGCCCUUGGUGUAACCAAUAGUUAUCAAACUGCAUUGAACAAAAACAAGCAAUUAGCCUGUAAUCAUGACCAAGACGUUAAAGGUUGGAAAAAUAUGAUAGAAUCCAAUGAUCCGGAGAGUGUUGGGUACCAGGUAAUACUUUUUUCUCUAGUAAUUCAGAAACGUUGCAUUUCAAAUAUAAGCUGCAUAUAUAUUGUAUGUUGGCAGAUUAUUGGCGAUAAUCUAGACUACGAAGUUAACGUCAGACACCAAGGAAUCAACAAUCCCAAUAGGAGUCAUCACUGGUUUCAUUACAUAGCUGUUAAAGAUCGCGUGCACCCCUCUCAAGAUCCUAAAAGUUUUGAAGAUUACAGGCGUGCAAGUGUUCUACCAGAUAACCACACGCUCGUGAUGUUGGCAGAUAAUUUCAAGCACUUGGUAACAAGAACUAUCGUAUCCUUCAUACCAGCGUUUGAAUCUUUCAAGAAACAUACGCAGAAACAUAUAGCACAUCCAUUCGUCGAUGAAAUGUCGAAAAAAUCAGAGGUUGUUAGUCUUGGACUGUUGUUGGAGUCGGAAAACACGGCAUCUGGAAUUACCAAGAUCUUACGUCAUAUACAGAAAGAAUAUGUGCCACAAACGAUAAACGAAAACGGAGAAUUGGAGAUACUUCAACCGAUUCCUUUUGGUGGGGACCAAUUGACUGAGGAACGUUCUAUCAACAUCAUUCGCGCUUUUCUGGAUGGCGAUACCAGCUACGAUCGUAUUGAAGGUCUACAACCCAAAUUUGAGGACUGGCACUUGAAAAUGACUCUUUACGAGGUCAAAGAUUCGCUUUUUCGUAAAGAGACAUCAGGCGCAGAGUUUGGAACGACACAGUGGGCGAUGAACGUGUUACGUACAAGCAAUGCUAAAAAAGGUCCACAUGCUGCAAUGAAUGCCUACGGUGAAUUUUCGGAUAAAGAACUAGAUGCACAAAUAGUCGCUAUUACAAUGGAGCACUUCAACAUGGCAACAUUUGAAGAUGACCCAGUACCGACAAAUAUCAAAACAGGAUGUGAGGAAGAGAAACGAAAAUGGAUUUCUAUGCAUGUUGAAGAUAUAAUAAAAAGAUACACAGUAACAUAUGCUGACAACAUAGGCAAUGUAAGAGAAAAACUUAAACAAGAAGGCAUAAGAAGGCUGAAAAUACUUAUCUGCUCCAAAAAUGCUACUGGAGAAUGUAAUCAUUGCCCCUUCAAAUCCGCACGUACGAGGGAUCUUCAUGAGAAACUGAAGCAUAACAUGGACAGACGCGAACCUGAUGUAAUACAGCAGCCUAUUAUAAAGGACCACGUCCUAUGUUAUCAGAAAGCCUUGUUCACUAUCAAUCUGCUACUCAAGAACUUGAAUGAUGCAAUAAGACAGGGAGAUGGUGAACGAUUAAUCGAAAGUUAUAAGUUGGUUCUGCUUUACUUCAAGGCAACUCGGCAUCACAAAUACGCAUACACCAUCCUGAAGUUGUUAUACCAAAUCAGAUUGGAACCGGAAAAUGCAUUCAAGUUGACCUGGGGAAGGUUCAUUAAUACACAGGGAUACAAAGGAAGAAAUAUAUCAAAUGAUCUUCACCUGGAACAUUUAAAUCAUUUUUUAAAGGAAUUACUGCGUUCAUUACGUAGCAACAUCAAUGAAAAAAAUGCUGAAAGGGUGUCGUAUACAUUACAAAAUAUGAAAGGAAUUGUUGACAACUUGGAAAGGUCACUGGAUUUGUCUGAGGUCAAGGGUCAUAGAAAGAUGCCAUCUACUAUUGAAGACGUAAAGAAGUUGGCACUUGCAUAUCAUCAGGCUAAAGUAUUUAGAGAAACACCAGGAAGAGAAUAUGAAUCGUUUCCAAAUUUUAAAGAAACAAUAUUAUGCUCAAUAGAUGCAGAUCAUCUACAUAAGUGGUUAUCACAGAAAGAACACGAAUUCAACGAACUUUAUACCUGA